AUGGCGGACCCGAUGGACGUGGACCCCGCGGAAGCAGGCUUGCGGAAGGCGCGGGAUAAGGGGAAGGGGAAGCUGGACGACGGGGGGAAGGGGAAGGGGAAGGCGGAAGACGCGGCGGACGGGUCGCGCGGCGCCGCGGCCGCCUCUGCGAUGCCGUGGGUGGAGAAGUACCGACCCAAGUCGCUUGCUGACGUGGCAGCGCAUAAAGACAUCGUCGAUACAAUCAGCCGCCUAACAGCGUCCAACCGCCUGCCCCACCUCCUGCUGUACGGCCCACCUGGCACGGGCAAAACCUCAACGGUGCUGGCGGUGGCUCGGCAGCUGUACGGGGCGGGGGGCGUGCGGAACAUGUGUCUGGAGCUGAACGCCAGUGACGAGAGGGGCAUCGACGUGGUGCGGCAGCAGGUGCAGGACUUCGCCUCCACUCAGUCCAUCAGCUUCGGUGCCAAGGCGGCGGUGAAGCUGGUGGUGCUGGACGAGGCGGACGCCAUGACCAAGGACGCUCAGUUCUCCCUGCGCCGCGUGAUAGAGAAGUACACGCGCAGCACGCGCUUUUGUCUCAUCUGCAACCACGUCAGCAAGAUCAUCCCGGCCCUCCAAUCGCGAUGCACGCGCUUCCGCUUCGCCCCGCUCUCCUCUGCUGACGUCACUGCCAGGCUCAGACACGUCAUCCAGGAAGAGGGUCUGGAUGUGACAGAUGGCGCACUGUCAGCCGUUGUAAGCCUCAGUGCGGGUGACAUGCGCCGCGCCCUCAACAUUUUGCAGUCAACUUCAACUCCACCCACCCACGUGGCAUGGGUGCCAGCAGUUCAGCAUCACGGCGUGCAUGCGGCGCCACCAUGCAGAUACAGAGGAGGCGGUGUGCUUGAGAGAGCCCAACCCCAUGCCUCCAUCCCUUGCCCAUGUGCCUCCUCUCUCCCCAACCCGUCGCCAUCCCCUCCUGCCCUUCCACCCCGUCGCCAUCACAGAGGAGGCAGGGCGGUGCAUGGCAGCUCAGGCAACUCCAUGCCCCCAUUCCACUCCUCCAUGCCCCCAUUCCACUCCUCCAUGCCCCCAUUCCACUCCUCCAUGCCCCCAUUCCACUCCUCCAUGCCCCCAUUCCACUCCUCCAUGCCCCCAUUCCACUCCUCCAUGCCCCCAUUCCACUCCUCCAUGCCCCCAUUCCACUCCUCCAUGCCCCCAUUCCACUCCUCCAUGCCCCAUUCCACUCCUCCAUGCCCCCAUUCCACUCCUCCAUGCCCCCAUUCCACUCCUCCAUGCCCCCAUUCCACUCCUCCAUGCCCCCAUUCCACUCCUCCAUGCCCCCAUUCCACUCCUCCAUGCCCCCAUUCCACUCCUCCAUGCCCCCAUUCCACUCCUCCAUGCCCCCAUUCCACUCCUCCAUGCCCCCAUUCCACUCCUCCAUGCCCCCAUUCCACUCCUCCAUGCCCCCAUUCCACUCCUCCAUGCCCCCAUUCCACUCCUCCAUGCCCCCAUUCCACUCCUCCAUGCCCCCAUUCCACUCCUCCAUCUUUUCUGUCUCCCCGAUACCCCCACCCACCCCACCGCAUGCUCACAUCACCCGUCUUGCCACUGCAUGCCAGCGCAUGUGGCAGCAUCCUCACAUCCCAUCCUCACAUCCCAUCCUCACAUCCCAUCCUCACAUCCCAUCCUCACAUCCCAUCCUCACAUCCCAUCUUCACAUCCCAUCCUCACAUCCCAUCCUCACAUCCCAUCCUCACAUCCCAUCCUCACAUCCCAUCCUCACAUCCCAUCCUCACAUCCCAUCCUCACAUCCCAUCCUCACAUCCCAUCCUCACAUCCCAUCCUCAAAUCCCAUCCUCACAUCCCAUCCCAUCCUCACAUCCCAUCCUCACAUCCCAUCCUCAAAUCCCAUCCUCACAUCCCAUCUCACAUCCCAUCCUCACAUCCCAUCCUCACAUCCCAUCCUCACAUCCCAUCCUCACAUCCCAUCCUCACAUCCCAUCCUCACAUCCCAUCCUCAAAUCCAUCCUCACAUCCCAUCCUCACAUCCCAUCCUCACAUCCCAUCCUCACAUCCAUCCUCACAUCCCAUCUCACAUCCCAUCCUCACAUCCCAUCCUCACAUCCCAUCCUCACAUCCCAUCCUCACAUCCCAUCCUCACAUCCCAUCCUCACAUCCCAUCCUCACAUCCCAUCCUCACAUCCCAUCCUCACAUCCCAUCCUCACAUCCCAUCCUCACAUCCCAUCCUCACAUCCCAUCCUCACAUCCCAUCCUCACAUCCCAUCCUACAUCCCAUCCUCACAUCCCAUCCUCACAUCCCAUCCUCACAUCCCAUCCUCACAUCCCAUCCUCACAUCCCAUCCUCACAUCCCAUCCUCACAUCCCAUCCUCACAUCCCAUCCUCACAUCCCAUCCUCACAUCCCAUCCUCACAUCCCAUCCUCACAUCCAUCCUCACAUCCCAUCCUCACAUCCCAUCCUCACAUCCCAUCCUCACAUCCCAUCCUCACAUCCCAUCCUCACAUCCCAUCCUCACAUCCCAUCCUCACAUCCCAUCCUCACAUCCCAUCCUCACAUCCCAUCCUCACAUCCCAUCCUCACAAUCCCAUCCUCACAUCCCAUCCUCACAUCCCAUCCUCACAUCCCAUCCUCACAUCCCAUCCUCACAUCCCAUCCUCACAUCCCAUCCUCACAUCCCAUCCUCACAUCCCAUCCUCACAUCCCAUCCUCACAUCCCAUCCUCACAUCCCAUCCUCACAUCCCAUCCUCACAUCCCAUCCUCACAUCCCAUCCUCACAUCCCAUCCUCACAUCCCAUCCUCACAUCCCAUCCUCAAAUCCCAUCCUCACAUCCCAUCCUCACAUCCCAUCCUCACAUCCCAUCCUCACAUCCCAUCCUCACAUCCCAUCCUCACAUCCCAUCCUCACAUCCCAUCCUCACAUCCCAUCCUCACAUCCCAUCCUCACAUCCCAUCCUCACAUCCCAUCCUCACAUCCCAUCCUCACAUCCCAUCCUCAAAUCCCAUCCUCACAUCCCAUCCUCACAUCCCAUCCUCACAUCCCAUCCUCACAUCCCAUCCUCACAUCCCAUCCUCACAUCCCAUCCUCACAUCCCAUCCUCACAUCCCAUCCUCACAUCCCAUCCUCACAUCCCAUCCUCACAUCCCAUCCUCACAUCCCAUCCUCACAUCCCAUCCUCACAUCCCAUCCUCACAUCCCAUCCUCACAUCCCAUCCUCACAUCCCAUCCUCACAUCCCAUCCUCACAUCCCAUCCUCACAUCCCAUCCUCACAUCCCAUCCUCAAUCCUCACAUCCCAUCCUCACAUCCCAUCCUCACAUCCCAUCCUCACAUCCCAUCCUCACAUCCCAUCCUCACAUCCCAUCCUCACAUCCCAUCCUCACAUCCCAUCCUCACAUCCCAUCCUCACAUCCCAUCCUCACAUCCCAUCCUCACAUCCCAUCCUCACAUCCCAUCCUCACAUCCCAUCCUCACAUCCCAUCCUCACAUCCCAUCCUCACAUCCCAUCCUCACAUCCCAUCCUCACAUCCCAUCCUCACAUCCCAUCCUCACAUCCCAUCCUCACAUCCCAUCCUCACAUCCCAUCCUCACAUCCCAUCCUCACAUCCCAUCCUCACAUCCCAUCCUCACAUCCCAUCCUCACAUCCCAUCCUCACAUCCCAUCCUCACAUCCCAUCCUCACAUCCCAUCCUCACAUCCCAUCCUCACAUCCCAUCCUCACAUCCAUCCCAUCCUCACAUCCCAUCCUCACAUCCCAUCCUCACAUCCCAUCCUCACAUCCCAUCCUCACAUCCCAUCCUCACAUCCCAUCCUCACAUCCCAUCCUCACAUCCCAUCCUCACAUCCCAUCCUCACAUCCCAUCCUCACAUCCCAUCCUCACAUCCCAUCCUCACAUCCCAUCCUCACAUCCCAUCCUCACAUCCCAUCCUCACAUCCCAUCCUCACAUCCCAUCCUCACAUCCCAUCCUCACAUCCCAUGCUCACAUCCCAUCAACACACUGCUCCUCUCCUGUGUGCCACAUCUUCUCCAUUUCGUAACGCACCCCCCCCCCCCCCCCCCGUUCACCUCAGCUUCAUCCUGACAGUGGACAUGCCAGCAGCAGUGCGAAUCGACCUCACAUCCCAUCCCCACACUGCUCCUUGCCUACCUGCCCCGUCUCCCCCAUUUCCUAUUCCCCCUGCCCCUGUGCAACACAGCUUCAUCCUGACAGUGGACAUGCCAGCAGCAGUGCGCAUCGACCUCUUUGACGCCAUGGCUGACAUUGAGUACCGUCUGACCUUUGCCACGAGUGAGAAGGUGCAGCUGGGGGCGCUGGUGGGGGCGUUCACGCACGCGCGCACCAAGCUUGUGGAGGGCGCCAAAUAA